AUGGCCGGCGCUCGGGCGCUCGUAGCCGCCUGCUGCUGCUGCUGGUGGCUGGCGGAAGCCGCCGCCACCGAGCUAGAUCUGUUGGGCGCGCUGUCGCUUCACAACACGUCGCGCACCGGCGUGAGCGUCGCGCCGGGCAUGCAGCCGCAGCGCACCGCCUACACCCUUGAAGGUGAUUCGCGGUCGCUGCAGGUGGAAGGCGCGGCGUUCGAGCGCGCCGCUGAGCUUCUUCGUCGUUCACCGGAGUUCACAAUUCUUGCUGCGCUGCGUCAAGAGCCAGCCAACUCCGGCACAAUACUCUCUUUCUCACACGGGUACAACAGGUACUUGGAAGUGCAGUCGAGCGGUCGGCGAGAUGAAGUUCGACUGCACUACGUUGCGGCGGGGGCGACGGCGCCGCGCGUCGAGACGUUCCCGUUCCGGUUGGCGGACGGCGCGUGGCAUCGGCUCGCUCUCGCCGUGUCUGGUGCACAGGCUACGCUACUAGUCGACUGCCAUCCUCUCUACCGGCGCCUCAUACCGCCACCGGACCGUAAUUUCACCGAGCCGCAACUUGCGCUAUGGGUGGGACAAAGAAAUAGCAAACAUUCCCUUUUUAAGGGUACGCUACAAGAAGUAAGACUCGUGAGCGGGCCUCACGGUUAUUUAGUCCAAUGUCCUGGACUGGACUCAGAAUGUCCCACAUGUGGACAAUUUGCGUUACUGCAGGCUACAGUGCAAGAACUAACGUCACACAUCCAUGACCUUUCACUUAAGUUGGUUGGUGCUGAAGCAAGAUUGGCGCGGCUAGAGCAAUGUGACUGUCAGAAGUCAUGUUACUCAAACGGUACUGUUCAUGCAGAUGGUGCAACGUGGCAAAGAGACUGUAAUCGCUGCUCCUGCGUGCACGGCGAAAUAACGUGCAGGCCAGUAGAGUGUGAUAGAGUAGAAUGUAAGAAUCCAGUGCUACAUCCAGGAGAAUGUUGUCCUACGUGUUUAAGGCGGUGCUUGCUGCAAGGCGAGCUGUACGAGCACGGCGACCGAUACGCACCGAAAGAGUGCGCAGAGUGCGUGUGCCAUGACGGUAAUAUGCAGUGCACACGUACUGACCCCGAGACGGCUUGCCCGCCGCUGCCCUGCGAUCCCGCCGACCAAUUCACUGUACCCGGCGAGUGCUGCAAGUUCUGCCCCGGUGUGGACUACUGCAGCAUGGGACACUCGUGUGACGAAAACGCAACAUGCAUGAAUCUCAAUACAAAAUACACUUGCAAAUGUAACCAGGGAUUUCGCGGAGAUGGGCUUACAUGUGAAGAUGUGGACGAGUGUCAGGAGGCGGGCGGCAGGCUCGGUCACCACUGUCACUCAAACACGCGGUGCGUCAACGUGGUUGGCAGCUAUGUGUGUCAAUGUUUACCCGGCUACACGAGGCGGGACAAAUUUAAUUGCGUGGAGGUGGACGAAUGCGCGGGCGACGCACACGGCUGUCACGCGGACGCGGUGUGCACGAACACGCCCGGUUCGUACACGUGCCAGUGCCGAGACGGUUAUACUGGCGACGGUUACACUUGCACGCCGAUUUGCACGGGCGGCUGCCUGAACGGCGGGGUGUGCUCGGCGCCGGAGCGGUGCACGUGCGCGCGCGGGUUCGGCGGCGCGCGCUGCGAGCGCGACGUAGACGAGUGCGCGGCGCCCGGCGCCUGCGUGCCGCGCGCGCUCUGCCUAAAUACGCCCGGCUCUUACUACUGCGUCUGCCGCGACGGCUACCGACGCGAUACGCAGCAAGACCACUGCCAAGAUGUUGAUGAGUGUAUAGAAGGAUUUCACACAUGCCACCCGAGUGCGCGCUGCGUCAACACUGACGGUGGUUUUAAAUGUGAAUGUGACACGCAGCCUUGUGAACUCAGUUGUUCGUGGCAGGGGCGCGUGAUGGCGGACGGCGCGCGCUGGGCGGAGGGCGGUGGCUGCCACGCGUGCGCGUGCCGCGCCGGCGUCGCCGCCUGCGUGCGUGCGCCCUGCGCCUGCGACCAGCACACCAACACUUCACUCGCGAUGCAAAGCAGUGAGGCGUCGUUGCCGCUGGCGCCGGAGGCGUGCUGCCCGCACUGCGAGGCGCGCUACCGCUGCCGCCACCAGGAGAUGCACCACGUCACCUUCCGUAGCGGCGAGCGCUGGCUUUACCAGUGCCAGAUCUGCGAGUGCCUUUUGGGCGAGGUGGACUGCUGGGAGCCGGAGUGCGACGAGGCGGGCGGCGGCUGCUGCUCGGGGGCGGGCACGUGGCGCGCGCCGCGCCGCCUCGAGCUGGCCGGCUGCGCGCCGCACUGCCCCACCUGCCAGGGCGGCCAAUGUGCUACUUUGGUGAGCAAUCUCGCGUGUUGUGUGCAUCGAGCGCGGCGCGACGUGGCGGCGGCGCUGCUGCUGGCGGCGCUGUGGUGGGGCCGCGCGCCGCGCGCGCACCGCAAGCACCGCGGCGCGCGGCGCUAG